CGACAGCGCACCUUUAACAGCCCAACUCCGCGCUGGAACGGUUGAAAGUGUCUGUCUCUCGCACCCGGCGAGCACAGCGUCAUGGCUUGAGGAGGCAUCGGGUACUAUCGAUAAGGCUAAGCUUCAACUUUCCCGUACUUCGGCCCCGCUCUCCUAAUGUCCAAUACAAACCGCCAGGAUUCCGCAAUGCCUGCAUUCCCGUAUAGCCACGCUGACGCUCAGCUGAGCAGACAGGUGAUCCGCGUCUGCGCCUUAUCAGCAACAUGAUCCCCAACGUGCGCGGAGACGACUACUACUACUGUCGCUUUCACUCUUGCCGGAUCGAUUGGACGACUAUGGAUUGGCAAACCUCCGAAUCCACAGAGACCGACUUACCUCCUUCAUAUUCGGGUCCCCGGGGCCCUCCGAGUGACGCAACUUCAGCACAACCAACUGACAGAGUCGGCGGUUCGGGGCGAGGUCCUCAUCCCACCUUCGAUUUGCACUGGAGCUGGACCCGGACCCGGAUUGUCGAGCUGCCCUCGGUGACCGGAUUUCCUUUUUUUCCAGAGCCAACGACGACCACCUACACGACAUCUGUUCCGGUGGACCCGGUCCCGGUGACCCAAUCAGACGGAGCUGGGUCCAAUGCGGCAAACAAGCCAAGCAAAGUCGUACCGCCUGGACCAGAGCGCUCAGAUUCCACCAAGCCACCCAGUCAAGGGGAUGACACUGAUAACCACUCAGGCUUGGGAAAGGGACAGGUUGUAGCUGCCGUGGUGUUACCGCUCGUCGUGACCGCGCUCCUGGUAUUGAUCAUCUUUGUCGUCCUCCGUCGGCGAAAGCAAAAGUCGCAGCCUCAUCCCCCUCAAGACGAGAUGAAGAUGCGUACGGAACCCACCUCAUCAACGACGGGUUUGCAUCAACCUGUCGGCCCGCAAGUACCGCCUCCUGUGUUUUCUCCAUCUUCUCCGCAACCGCCUCCGGUCAUUAUUUCCGCCAUGGCUCCCUCAGGCAACGCGGCAUACUUCACCGGUAUCGACACGUCCGAAGCACUUUCGGUGCGCAGCGGGCAGCAAGGCCAACAGAUGGGCGGCUUCAUGAUGGACGGAGAGCAUCAUGAAGAGCCUCCACCGCCAUACCGGCCAGCCAGUGUGCCGCCCCUUUCAAGAGACUCCAGCAUGCGAUCUAGGUUGUCAAGACAGCUCUCUGACAAUGUCAAUACGCGGCUGGCAGCUCAUCAUUCCCAAAACGGGGUCAAUCCUUUUGCAGAUCCGUCGGAAGAUGAUCAUGGAUCAUUCAUGUCAGGGUACACGAACGGACCGUUCGGACGACGACAUGAUGACCAGCUUUCUAUCGUCUCUGAUCUCUCCUAUCAGGAUGAACAACCAACGAUGGUACAUCAAACCGUAUAGAUAAUCGCUUGAGCGGACUGCUACAAACCCUCUCCUUUCUGCAGCGUGAAUAAAAAAACAUGUUGGAAUGCAGCUUUAGCUCGGCGAUGGCGUUCAGGCGUUGGCACGUGCUCUUGGAGAAAUGUUUUUGGAGAGUGGGUUGGCUAGAGACGUUUGUCGGGUGCCCGGGCGACUACCGCAUUGCAGGGGGUGCUGGAGGGUC